UUUUUGUUGUUUUUUUUGUUCGCUGUUUGACGUUUGUCCGUUUGUCGCUUUCUUCCGCUGCGGAUAUAAAAUACUACGAAGCACACUUUAUUACAAACGGAAUUGCGGGCGCAUCGAAGGCAACAACGACGAGAGCAACAACAAUAGAACCGUGAGCGCAGGGCCAAUUAGAUAGCGUUUGCGGCCGCGAAUUUUUGAUGACGUCGCCGUCUUCUUUUAGGGCGUAAAAAGCAAGGCAAACAAACGCGAAACGCGAAGUGUAAACGGCGUAGAAGCGAUAAAAGCGACUCAAAUACGCAGCAGAUAAAACACAAUAAGAGAAAAUAAAAAAGCAAAUUCGGCAUCUUUUUGCGAGUGUAACAGUGCAAAGUGAGCGUGUGUGCGUGUGUGUGAUUAGCGGAAUAAAAAGGAAUCGAACGGUAAAUGCAGUGCCGCAAAAAUGUGCAGCCUGACGCUAAACAACAUGGUCAACGUAACGCAGCAGGACCUACACGAUCUAUUGGAAACUUUCGAAAAAAAGUCCUUCGAGGCGGCGGCCUUUGAGGAAGGAACGGCGGAGUACGAAAUCUCCAAGAAAUGCGAAUACCUGUUUAAACUCGACUACAGCCUCAUUGAGCUGGACAACACGAACGGACUGCUCAGUCCGCGUUAUCCAGGCCGAAUACUCAUCCCUGAAUGCGAGCACGGACACAUGGCCAAGACGCUGAUACCGGGCAAUGGUCUGUUUGGGCCAGUUGGUGGUGGAUUACCAGGCGGAGGAGGAGGUUCCUCCGGAACCACAGCUACAGCCACGCCGCUGAACAGCAGUGCAGGAAGCACCGGAAGCGAGGGAGUGGGCAUCCAAGCCUUCGUGACCUUCGCCAAUCCCCUGCAGACGCCACAGCAACAUCCUCUCCAGCAGUCACAUCCCCUCCACGCGCAAUACCCCACCCAGCAGCCACAUCCUCUCCAGCAGCAGCAGCAGCAACAGCAGCCAUCGCAACAGCAGCCACAGAAUACCAUAUACGAGGACCAGUACGAUAUUCAGCGGAUGAGGGAGCUGGUCACGAUGGCCAAGUACGCGAGAUGCCGGCAAAGAUUCGCCGUGCCGGUGAUCAUGUACCGUGGGAAAUACAUCUGCCGUUCGGCUACCCUCUCCGUAAUGCCGGAAACCUACGGCCGGAAGGUGGUGGACUAUGCCUACGACUGCCUGAGUGGCGGCAACUACACAUCGCCCAACGGCGAGGAGAACGAUGCGGACUCCACGGACGAGUCGCUGAUCACCCACAUGCACGAUCAGGCGCAGUCGCAGUUCAGCUACGACGAGGUCAUCAAGAGUGAUAUCCAGCUGCUCCACACGCUCAACGUCUCCACCAUUGUGGACCUGAUGGUCGAGAACCGCAAGAUCAAAUACUUUAUGGCCGUUUCCUCAUCCGAAAAAGCGGAUCCAAACAAGCACUACAAGAGCUUCAAUCUGCUUUCACUCCCCUAUCCCGGCUGUGAGUUCUUCAAAAAGUUCCGGGACAACAACUACAUGGCGCGCAACCUGCACUACAACUGGAAGCAGUCGUUCAACGAUGCGAAUAUCAACAUUCCCAACAUGGGACCCGCUGCGGAUAUCGAUGUGGUGUGGCCGGAGUACCGGGAUUGGGAUCUGGUGGCCAUCACCCAGAACUACUUGAGGGCGACGCUGAAAUAUGUGCAGGAGGAGAGCUCCGGCCUGCUGAUUCACUGCAUCAGCGGCUGGGAUCGCACUCCCCUGUUUGUCUCCCUGGUCAGGCUAUCCCUGUGGGCCGACGGACUCAUCCAUCAGUCGCUGAACGCCAUGCAAAUGGCGUACUUCACACUGGCCUACGACUGGUACCUGUUUGGCCAUCAACUGCCCGAUCGCCUGAAACGCGGCGAGGACAUCAUGUUCUUCUGCUUCCACGUGCUCAAGUUUAUCACGGACGAGGAGUACAGCAUUGUGGAGCACAGGAAACGCACCAAGACCUCGAGCAGCAGUGGGAGCAGUGUCAUAGUGAUCAAAUCCGACUGCUGCGACGAUGAACCGCUCAAGGAGGACUACAUCCUGGCCUUCGAUCAAGAUAGCAACGACAGCUACUCAAACUGUUCCAACUGUGAUAUGUCCAUAACAGAUAACUUCUAUGCCACCACGCCGGCGCAAGUCAAUCCGCUGACCAGCAGGUCGCCGAAUCCCAAGAGAUCCCGAACCAGCCCUAUUUCAGUGCCCGGAUCGAAUGCGCGGCAGAGACAGGAGUCCACGUCCUCGAAUGGCAGCUGGCAGGUGGUCACCGACACGGGCUCCAUUGACUCCGUGAUGAACGGCAGCUACAUGAUGCGGUUUGUGGCCCAACAGGCGGCGGAUGGCGGCGGCUCCUCGAACAUUCCCCUGUACAAUGGUGGCAAUGGCUACCACUGCAGCACCAACACAGCAUCGAGCGGCAGCGGAAGUGGAAGUGGGAGCAGCAUCAGCAACGGCAGCUCAACGCACGGUUUCGCAAAUGGUUCCUCCAAAGACGUGGGCGGCAGCACCAUGGCCAGCAAGCAAAGCAUUAACUUACGAAAGCAACGCCUGAAUGCAGUGCGCGCCAUCUUCAUACAAGCCUACGGCAAGACGAUUGGACUGAAAUUCAAGGAGGGCUCCUCCAUGAACCUGGCCACCUUCAUUGGCAACCUGGCGGACCAACUGUUUUGAGGCAGCAUCAGCUAUCUCCAAUUGUUAGUUCUUUCACCCACAUUGUUUGUUUACUUGUUAAGUGCUGCGCUUUCCACCAACGACUGUAUUUCGUAUAGACCUGUUGAAUUGCGUUCUUUAGUGACUGUUGACGAUUGAUUGUGUGUAAUGUAAAGUAAAAAAUAACUGAUUACUGAUAACGUUAAACCGCUCUCCAGUUCUUUAGAUUCUCCCCCGCAUCCCCGCUCCUUGUUUGUUUAGUUGUUAGUUCUUCGAGAAUGCAAAGCAAGCGAAUUAUGUGUAAAAUGCGAUUCGGAUUAUACAAUAGCCUUAAGUUGUAAUUUAUAGUAAUGUAUUUUUUAAUAAACUUAUGUGCAUUUGAUACGAAACCAA